CUAGUUUAUAUCCUUUCUCCUAUAUACUUUCUGCCUGGAGAGAUAUUAGGUCAGAAAUCACUACUAGAAGAAGAUGGUGAUGAUAACCGACCUUCCAUUUGAUCAGGAAAAGAAGAUACUCGCCCGUGUUCCGAAAGAGUCUCGACCACAAUGGCAAACUACUUGCAAGAGAUGGUACGCUGUACGCCAAGAUCUACUCUCCAAGAAACACUUGGCUCGAACAGGAAGAGAGUUCAUCUUAUUGUUGAAUACUAAUGUUUUUUCAACAACCAUCAACCUCCAGGGAGUCCAUAACAACGUUGAUCCGGUGAUGGAGUUCGGAGGUAAACUUGGAUCUUUACAAGAUUCAAAUGAUUUACAAAUACAUGAUAUUUUCUACUGCAAGGGGUUAGUGCUAUGCACUAUGGUGGGAAAACAAAUGCUCGUGGUUUGCAACCCUAGUAACCGUGAAACUAGGUAUGUCGAACCUAGAACAAGACAUGGCUGUUUCGAAUAUGCUCUUGGAUACAAAGGCAGCAAGUCUUCUUGUGUUAAUAGCUACAAGAUCUUGAGGUAUUGUCGUUAUUUCGACAAGCAACUGAUGCGUACGGUUUCUGAGUUUGAACUGUAUGACUUCAUGUCUGACUCAUGGAGGGUUUUAGAUGUUGAUGAGCACGAUUGGGAAAUAUCUGCUCGUGGCGUCUCUGUGAAAGGAAACACUUACUGGGUUGCUAAAAAGAAUGAAGACCAGUUCAUACUCAGUUUUGAUUUCACUAGAGAGAGAUUUGGGCUUCUCCCUCUUCCGUAUGAGAGUGUUGGUACUGAAGAUUCCAUUAAUUAUAAGUAUGACGAUACAGCUGUUCUGUCAGUUGUUAGAGACGAACAACUCUCGGUGUUACAUCAAUAUCUUCAUGUGUAUUCAUCAGAGAUGAAGAUAUGGAUAAGCAAUACAAUUGACACCAAAAAGGUGUCGUGGAGCGAGUUCUUGGUAGUGGACGUAGUGUUGUUAAAUGUUGUUAGUUUCGUGGUUGACGAGGAGCAUAAAGUGGCAGUGUGUUGUAGUACAGGCAAGGAUGAUCCUGAUGAUGAGGAUGAUCCUGAUGAUGAGGAUGAUCCUGAUAAUGAGGAUGAUCCUGAUCAUGAGGAUGAUCCUGAUGAUGAUGGUGAAGAAGAGUGCACCAGCAUUUCAAUUAUUGGAAAGAAUAUACAAAGUCUUGUUUAUGAUGAAGGGGCUAUGGAUGGAUCAUGGCCUCAUCUCAUGAAUUACGUUCCAAACCCGGUUCAAAUUUUAAGGAAGGGUACGCGCAAAAGCAAAAGGAAACGAACUACAAGAAGUUAUGAACCGGAGGGCAGUUCGGCAAGAAGCGUUGAGGAAACGAAAGUGACACCAAUAGACAAAGCUAAACGAGUUUUUAGGGUUAUUUUGAAUGUCCCAAAAGAGUUUAGGAAACGAGAGUGAACCCAUACCUAAAGCAUAUCGAAGUACUCCUGCUGUUGCUUUGAA